AUGACUGCCCAGCUCCUCCAUCCUUCAUACUCUACCAGCGUCGACCCUUUCUCCCGCUAUAGUACUCUGACAGACCUCAAUGCGCUUUCCCAUGCCUAUGAUCCCAUGCCCUCGCCACAAGCGUGGCUUGCCAGCUCCAAGAGAAGGACAAUGCCUGCACUGCUCGACCCGCCAGAGAGCCCAUUAGAUCUCCUGCUGCCAGUAACGAGGCGACUGGAGGAUAGCCAAUGGAACAAAAGACUAUCACUACUCGCGCACCGGUACCUCAGAGAGUUUGGCCUCACAAGGGAGGAUGACAUUAUCGAGAAGGCUUGGAAAACCCUAGAACUGUUCUGCGUUGGUGAAGAAGCAGAGGAAAGCCUUCAGAAAUUCAAGUCAGUAUCCUUUCAUCUAUCACCACCUUGGAGGGGGCUUCAGACGCGGAGCCUUGCCCUUGAUAAAUCAUCAUCCUGGCUCAGUUUCCCAUCCUUCUUAGAUGAUUCUUUCAAGCUGCCAUACUCGAACCUACCGUUUCUCUCGUAUUUGGCCGGUAUGGACACAUCAUUCGAUAAUUCUGCAGAUCCAAAUCACCCGCAGCAUAGUAAACGCCCUGCUGACCAGCGUGGUUCCUUUCAAUCUCCACUGGCAUUUCGAGAAGAGCGCGAUCAGCGUAAGAACAUAGCUGCGCGUGUCAACCCCCGUUACAUGACUCCCACUGCUGCUUCGCGAGCUCAAGUGUCUACGCCUGAGCCCCGUGCUUCGACACCUCCGACAGUCUCAAGUACUGGCAGGCGCAAGGCUUGGAUGACUUCAGCUGCGAAACGUGUGGGUAUUGUCCCCGGAAUCCCGCGAUCCAAAAAAGAGGGAAGAGUCUACAAGCUCCUUUCGCCGCAGAAGUCAGCAGCAGGCAAGGCAAGAAACAAACUUGCAUCUAAGGAUACAGAAAGCCCUUGGAGCGGUUCUCCGAACCUUCCUGCCCUAGCGUCUGAAGAGAUGCAUUCUAUCAACGCUGUAAGUUGUCUUACCUGUUACGAUGCAGGCUCUAAUCAGUCACAGAAGAAAGAAAAUGGAAUCUCCGAGACCUCACCUAUGGUGCCUGCCAAGGACAUCCAUGAAAGCGUUCACCAGGAAAAGCCAACUGCCCCUGACAAGCCGCUGCCCAGCCUUCCUGUUGCAACCAUCCGCACCGGGUCGCCUAUUGUCCGACGUUCUUUGAUCGAUGCUGGCGAAAAGCCGCUGCGAAGAUCCUUAUCUCCAUCACCAGGAGAAAAGGUAGAAGAAGAAUGGCCCACCUUGUCACCUUCACGACGAACAACUCCGAUCACUACUCCAGAGACGGCUCGCGGUGAUGCCUCAGCCCAGGCUGAAAGUUUAAUGGCCAAUCGAUCUGGACCAAACCCUCAGUUUUCUCACGUUGAGCAUCAGCGCAUCGUCGAGUCUCAACAUCAACCUGACAUCGCCGGUGUCGAACCUCACAUCUUGCGGCAAGGAAGCCAUGAGGAUGCAACUUCUAUUCAGCAGCUGAACAGCACAGUUACGGCGGAAUUUCCCAAACUUGCGGAAAAGCCUGCUAAGGAUCAUGCACCUGUUCCAGAGUUGACUUCUCCUAACACUGUCCCGAAGAACACAUAUACACCCGCAGGAGUCGCAACAACCGCCAAUGUCGAUUUCUCUUCCCCUCUUAUCCAACAUGCUCCAUCCUUCCAAAGUGGCGGCAGAUUAAGGGUUUCAAGAUUGCCAAAACCUCUGUCUACUCCAGGACCAGUCCGUAGCUCUAAGAGCCCUCGAAGGUCUGCCAGCAGGACACCCUCCCCGUACAAGCCAGUCUCGGUUCACGUGCAACGAUCUCUUCGCGGCAAGCAUGAUCAUCUGUCCAGCGGCGUAAGCAAAAUGACCGAGCAAGCCAACGUCCAUACUGCUGAUCAUACCAUUGAUGUUGCCGACGUCACAACGCAGGCCAAUCCGUCGCUGAUCGCUAUCAAGCAGUCAUCCAAAUCUAGGCACGAUGGAAGUAGAAGAAGCUCCAUUCCUCGUCCUCGCCACAAGUUUCAACUACGUCAAGAUGCAGAAAGUGAAAGUGAGAUCGUGGUAAGGAAGCUGCCGAAGGAGAAGAGGAGCAAACGUUUAUCAGUCGAACAUAAAUCUGACGGCGACUUGGAUACAGACGAAGCACCUGAUAAUCAAGAAGAUAAACAGGUUCUAUGGGGUUCCAAUUUUGCUGAUCAAGAUAAGAAAACUGGCCAGUGUAUCGAAAAUGGAAGAUCAAAGAAGAGUUUAGUAGUCGACGCCGCUUCUCCAGGGGAACAGGAGGAAUCGGCGCCUCCUACAACCGUCGACUCUCGUCCUGCGACCACCGUUGGCAAUCAUCAGGUGGACAAUCUUCCAGCAGCUAAAUCCGCGUCCGUCGACAAUAUACAAUCCGGUACUGCUCGUCAGAGAGAGGGGAGCAAUAAGUCCUACAAUCGCGUCAAGCGACUUUCUGCGACAGCUCCGGAGCAUGGUCCAAUCCUACGCAUCUCAGAUUCGGCUGAGAACAUCAUCAUGGGACAUGGUUCUGAACAGGAGUACGAUGACGAUGAUGCGUCAGCUCGAAAACACAAUAGCGUGCCAGAUCUCCGCCGGUCAGCACUCGUUAAAGAGCUACGUAAAUCAGCUGAAGGGCUGUUGAAUGGUAAUGUACCACUCUCACGAAGCACCACCACACGCUCUUUGACUAGUCAUGAACGCAAAGUCCAAGUUGCUGAGACAAGUAAUGCCAAAGAGCUCAGUGGCUCGUCGUCGCAGCCGCAAAGUGGCACUGCUCAAGCCGAUUCUUCAAUUUCCGAAGACCCAUUCUCAGCAUGCGAUGACAAGAGAAAGACAAGCGCGCAUAAGAUUGCUCGAAAACCUACUCCUAGCGGUCGGCUUGACUGGCCUUUAACCUCCCUGCCACAAAGUUCAGCUGAUCUCCGUCCCGUCAAGCAAUAUUCGAACAUGGGAGGAGAUUCAUGGACCCCUCAACCGCAAGGUCCCCAUAUUGCAGCGUUUGCCGACCAGAAGUCAAUGUCUGCAGGCAGCAACGGCCGAGGAAGCCGGUCUGCAGCAGCAGGUUCAAUGGGUCCUGCCAGUAAGAAACAGCACUUCGAACCUAGCCAUAGAUCGACUAGAGGCGAUGUUGGUUCUGUCCCAGUAGAGAAGAGCUCGCUGCCUGCAAAGCCGAACAGCCUUCGUUCUCCAGUGCAAAACAGUGCUCAGUUUCCACCUCGAACUUCGUCACGGAACAAUACACCCGACGUGUCGGUUCGGUCUCGUGCACAAAUUAAUUACUUUUCUACUCGUGGACUCCCCAAUCGCUUUGAGUCUGCCCAUCCACGCCGUCUCUCGGAAGACUUUUCGCUUCCAAAGAGUAUGACCAUCGACCCUGAAACCUUGCGCAACUCAGUACACGAGCUAAAAGACCCUGCCCAAUCGCAAGUAUCGACUCCGGCUGCGCGAGAGGGAAGUAGGCCACAGUUUUCGAGCGCGAAGGGCAUGCUUUCCAACAUCAAAGGCUUGUUCAAUAAGCGAUCCCUCGAAACUUCUGCUGCUGCUACGGUAAAGACCAAGGUUUCUGACCUUCAAGCGAAACACGCUACUGUGACUGUCAACGGCAGUCCAUACCCAAACUAUCACUCUCGAACACUGCCGGCCAGACAUGGUUCGAACAAAGGAGCUCAUGGCGGAGUCACUAUGGUUCCAACUCCCAAGGACGCCUUCCCGCGACCCGCGACCUGCAGAGUCACUCUCUCUCAGAACCCUGUCCUUGACACACACGAGUACCGCCAGGCCACCGAUCUUGCAAUGCGCGUCCUAGAUACAGCAAGAGAGGAGUCUGAUGCUUUUAAGCGGAACAAACUGAUGCAGUACGCGGAACUGAUGGUGGAAGCGGUGACCGGUGCUCGCAAUGCCGAGAAAGCCACCGAGGAAGCCAAGCAGGCGGCUUCUAGAGCGGAGAUGCAGAGUAUGAGAUCGAAGAAAAGUGUCUUGGAGCUGACGAAGCUUGUUGGUCAGGAGCUGGACGGGGAUUGGUUGUGA